ACACGGGAAACCUUAGUUCAGCUCCCAUUUGUACCGCCACAAGUUCCUGCUGAAGAACGGCAAGGAUGAUAAACUAUGAUAAUUUUACCAGCCAAUCAUACAUUCCCGUGAGCAGCGACCCUUACCAUAGCGCCAUCCAGGAAGCCUUAGAAAGCUGUUCUGACAAGCGAGGCGUUUCAGUCAGAUAAGCCCGUGUUGACAGUCAGGGCUUCAGUGGCGUUCGAGGGAGAGAAGUGACAGUGGACACGGUGGACACGGACACGCAGCUGGAACGCGGUGAACACAUAACCCGGAAGACUGUGCGAAAGUUAGGCAAAGAAGUUGAUUCUCGCGGUCGGGUAAAGUAAUUCUGAUAGCUGAAGAUCUGCGCCGAACAAGAUCGACAUUUGCUAAGGUGUACUCGGAAAAUCAAUGCACUAAGGAAAUUAAAAUGAUGUUAGUACUCGUUUUCAAUGUCUGAUCAUUCGGAGAUCUUCCGCCUCUCGAGUUCUUCUCCUCGGCGUGUUCUUUGAGAAUAUCGGAAGUGCUGCACUCGCCAGAUCGCCACUCCAGCGCGGGAGUCGCCAUGAAAUCCCGCGCGGGCCUCGGUUCCGUGAAGAUGACGGCCUGGCUGGCGACGGUGCUCUGCUGCUGGGACUGGGCCCUCGCAGACUACGACUUCCCUUGGCUGACGGCAGACGGCGCUCCGCCCACCUUCAGGAUCAACACGUCCGAGUACGACUUCGCGCACGCCAUCGGCCGGCCGGGCAAGUCCGAGGAGGAGGCGGCCGAGGGGCCUCGCCUGCUGAGCCGCUCGUGGCAGCGCCUCGUCGUGUCCAGGGGCUCCUCCAUCACCCUCAACUGCUCCGUGGCCGACCCAGGGGACGUCUCGGUAACUUGGACGAGGAAUAAAGAAGUUCUUACCGUUGACAGAUACAGCUGCAAUAACCUUGAGUUGGCUGUUGGUAAUGGAUAUGUAACUAAUGGCAAGGAUAACAGCUGCAAUAACCCAAUGGCUAAUGGCACAGCUGCAAUAACCUUGAGGGGGCUGCCGUCCCCUAACCCCUGCCGAGGAAACAACGUAUUGCCGGCAGGCUAG